AUGGAGGAGCUGCAGAAGGCAUUAAAUGAUAAAAAUCUAGCAGUUUCAACUCUCCCAGAGAAGGGUCGUUGCCUUUUUACCACUCGCGACUUAUCUCCAGGGGAGGUGAUUUUAAGUGAAGAUCCAUAUGUUUCUGUUCCAAACAAGAAUAAAGAAUCGCCCAACUCAAAAUGCGAAUGGUGUUUUUCAUCAAGCAACGUCAAGAAAUGCUCUGGUUGCCAUGUUGUUUGGUACUGUGGAAGCACUUGCCAGAAAUUGGAUUGGAAAUUGCAUAGUGUAGAAUGUAAAGCCUUGGCAAAAGUAGACAAGAACAGGGUGAAGUCUAUCACUCCAUCUAUACGUUUGAUGGUGAAGCUUUAUUUACGAAGAAAGUUACAACAUCAGAAGAUCGUCCCAACUACUGCCACUGACAACUACAAUUUGGUAGAAGCCUUGGUGUCUCAUAUGCCUGAUCUCGAGGAGAAGCAACUGGUAUUGUAUGCCCAGAUGGCUAACCUGGUAGCUUUAAUUCUUCAGUGGCCUGAGCAGGAGAUCAAUAUUAAAGAGAUUGCAGAGAACUUUUCUAAGCUUUCAUGCAAUGCACAUUCCAUUUGUGACAGUGAACUGAGACCCCUUGGAACAGGACUGUAUCCAGUCAUUUCUAUUAUAAAUCACAGCUGUUUACCCAAUUCUGUUCUAGUAUUUGAGGGAAGAUUGGCUGUGGUCCGAGCUGUGCAGCAUAUACCAAAAGGCACUGAGGUGUCAAUCAGUUAUGUAGAAACGGCUGGAAGCACUAUAACUCGGCAAAAGGCUCUUAAGGAACAGUAUUUUUUCUCUUGCACCUGUUCCCGCUGCAUAAAAAUGGGUCAAUUUGAUGAUAUUGAAGAAAGCGCAGUUCUAGAAGGUUAUAGAUGCAAGGAUAGAAAAUGUAAUGGUUUUCUUCUUCGUGACCUAGAUAAUAAAGGAUUCAUAUGCAAACACUGUGGGCUUCUUAGGAACAAGGAAGAAAUAGAAAAUAUUGCUAGUGAAGUCAGACCAAUGUCUGAGAAAGCUUCAAUGGCACUCUCAUCUGGGAAUAACACACAGGCAAGUUCUGCUUAUAAGAUGGUCGAGAAGCUUCAAUUGGAGCUGUGCCAUCCAUAUUCAAUCAAUUUGAUGCGGACUAGAGAGACUCUUCUGAAGAUAUUGAUGGAGCUGCAGGAUUGGAAGCAAGCACUUGUGUAUUGCAGAUUGACCAUUCCAAUUUAUAUAAGAGCAUAUCCACCAUUUCAUCCUUUGGUCGGACUGCAAUAUUAUACUUGCGGAAAACUUGAAUGGUUGCUAGGAGAGACUGAAGAAGCCGUCAAGUCACUUACCAAGGCUUUGAAUGUACUGAGAAUCACUCAUGGAACAAAGAAUCCUUUCAUGAUGGAACUGUUGAGCAAGUUGGACGAAGCUCAUGCUGAAGCUUCUUACAAGCGUUCGUCCCAGAACGAAGACUGA